AUGAAGAAUAUUAACUAAUUUUAUUUGGAUAAAUAGAAUCAUAAAUCAAAAUGGCAUUUAGUAUUAACGACUUCUUUUGGUUUAAUAGCAUCAGCAUACUGUUUAGUAUUGCCACAUUAAAUGAAAAAUCUUGGUGAAAUAUUUAAUUUAGAUGAUCAAAAAGAAUUUUUAACUCUUUUGACAACUCUCCAUUACUUAUUAAAUUCAUUUCUACCCUACUUCUCUGGAGUAUUGAGAGAUUCUUAUGGAGAUACUUUUGCAAUCCUUUUUCAAAAUUUAUUAUGCGUUAUUGGUUAAUUUAUUACAACAAUAGGUGCUCAUUCAGGAAAUAAGAUUACUUUCAUAAUAGGAAGAAUUAUUAUAGGUUGGGGUAUAGAAUCUUUAUUAAUUGUUUUAACUUCUUUUAUUUGUUCCUAUUACAAAUUUACAUAUUUGGUAUUAAAUUACUUAAUUAUUUAGACUUUUGUAUUAGGAAUAUAUUAACUAAUUUAUAUGAGUGGAAUGGUUGUUUGUACUUUGUUUGCUCCAAAUAUAGAUUCUAUAUAUGGUUCAAAUGUUAUUGCAUUAUUAUUUACUAUUUUAGGGUUGAUUAUGGCUUUUGUAACAAAAGAUAUUGAUAUUAAUGUUUAAUCCAUAAUAAUUUAGAAAGGAGCAAACUAUUUUUAAAUAGAGGAAGGCAUAAAAAAAUCUUCAUAACUUUAUUAGAAGCAAGGUCCAAGUGAAAUUUUCUCUUUAUAAGAUGAUGGAGAAGAAAUAAAAAUUGAAUAAGAUUAUAUUGAAGCUUAAUAAAUAGAAUCAGAAGUUUUAGAUUAAAAUUUUUAUGAAAAUUGUUGUGGUUAUGGGAACAGACAUGAAUUUCCAAUUAUAUAUUGGUUAUUAUUAUUCUUUUACACUUUUGCAUCAACAUCUGUUCUUGUGUUGGUUGGUUAUGCAUAAGAAUUUUUAUUGAAUAAAUGGUUAAUCAAUCUUUAAAAUGGAGAAGAUUUAGCUAGAAAAUUAGUUACAUUAAUGUGGUUAUUCUCAGGAUUUAUAACUCCAUUAUUAGGUUUUGUGAUAGAUAUGUAUGGUUAAAGAUCAACAUUAGUAAGUUAUUAUGUAAAAUAGAAAGACUAUUUUCUCAGGUUUGAUGGCUAUUUGGGCUCAUAUAUUAGUACUGUUGUAAUCUCCAUUUGAAGGUUUACUGUUGUUAGGAUUUUCUUUUGCAUUAUCUUAUACAACUGUUUGGAGUAGUGUAUUAUAUUUAACACAUCCACAUAAAUAUGGUAGAAGUUUGGCUCUUUUUGUUUGUUUACAGAAUUUUGGAAUUUCUGUAACUCCGCAUAUUUGCACUUUCUUUGAGAUGUAUUUACAUUUUUUAAUUAGAUUGACUGAUUCUAAGAUUGUAACAGAAUCAUUUUUACUUUUGUUGGCUUUAAUGGCAACUGUAGCAUCUCUAUUAGUCUACAAAGAAGAUAAGAAAUAUGUGAAUCUAAUAGAUAGAGGUCUUUAGGUGGAAAGUGAAAUUACUUCUAAAAUGUAUCAAUUUAAAAUAUUUAGAAAAUCGUCAAAAAUUUAAAGUUGA